AUGUCGAUGAGGACAGUUCGCGCACACCGGCUUCGCUGGCCCCGUCGCUGGCCUGUUCAUCUGGCCAGCCAGUCCACCGUCGCAGGGACACCGAGUGCGGCUCCGUCCAUCCUCAAUACAGCCAGUGCUCGUCUGACCUCCGCCAAGCUGACCGUUCCGGCUCAUCAGGUCAGCCCACCGCUGCCACCCCUCCAGGAAUACGACGCUCUUGUAUCAGCCGGAACACUCAAGCCAGACCCACACCAACGGCGCAUCGUGAAGCAGCAUCUUCAGUCUUUUUAUACCAGUCUACAGUCCUACAGUCCUCCCCCAGUUCCUCCCUCUCCACCGUCUACCUCCGCACCCACACUCUUCUCCCGCUUAUUUGCUAGAAACACUGUUUCACUGCCAGAGGAGCCUCCAAAGAACGCUCCAAAGGGAUUAUACCUAUAUGGCGACGUCGGAACGGGCAAGACCAUGCUUAUGGACCUAUUCUACCACUCUCUCCCACCGUCCAUCACUCGUAAACGCCGCGUACAUUUCCAUGCCUUCAUGAUCGACGUGCACAAACGCAUCCAUGCCACUAAGGUGGCAAUGGGUGUGCAGGACGGCGGCGAUCCCAUCGCGCCUGUCGCGAGGGACCUGGCGAGGGCGGCAUAUGUGCUUUGCUUCGACGAGUUCCAGGUAACCGAUAUUGUAGAUGCCAUGAUCCUGAGGAGACUCUUCGAGAGCUUGCUGAGGUAUGGUGUCGUCAUGGUCAUCACCAGCAAUCGACAUCCGGACGACCUUUACAAAAACGGCAUUCAACGUUCGAGCUUUAUACCCGCCAUAGAACUUCUCAAGUCUCAGUUUCAAGUCACUGACUUAGAUUCCGGAACUGACUAUAGACGCAUUCCACGUGCACUCUCGCAUGUUUACUACUCCCCGCCCACUCCCGAGAAUAAAGCCGAGUUUGAUAAGAUAUUCCACUCCCUAACCACCUCGCCAUGUCCGUCAUCAUCCAGUGCGGAUCCUGUCAUUGCCAAUCGACCAUUAACGACCUUCGGACGCACCAUACACAUCCCUCUCUCUACGUCGCGUGUCGCGAGGUUCACAUUUGAAGAACUCUGUGCACGUCCACUGAGUGCAGCAGAUUACCUCGAGAUCACGCGUGCAUUCGGCACAAUUUUCAUUACGGACAUUCCGAAGCUGGAUAUUGGACGGAAGGAUGCCCGGCGUUUCAUAACGUUCAUCGACGCAUGUUAUGAAUCCAAAGUGAAGCUAUUCGUUUUAUCCGAGGUACCCAUUUUCCAGAUCUUUUCGGACGACGGCACGUCAGCUAAAGGGCAAAUUUCGGAUCACAUGCGGAGCGUCAUGGAUGACUUGGGUCUUCCGCCUGAAGUCGCCUGUACGAGCUCGAUGUUUACCGGCGAGGAGGAGAUUUUCGCUUUUGCACGCGCCUGCUCGAGGCUAGUACAGAUGGGCAGCAAGGAAUGGGCUGAAACUGCUGGCAGGCCGUGA